CAAUUAGAUUGGGAAAAUACUAGCUCUGUCUUAUUUGUUGCAGGUAUUGCCGGAGACCCAACGAUCGUCUCGAGAUCUGACUGGGGUGCUCGCCGGCCGAGUGCUGUAACAUUGAUGGAUGUUCCCGUGUCCAGGGUGAUCAUCCACCACAGCGCCACGUCCCCCUGUUACACGUCCAACUCGUGCAAAGCAAGAGUGAAGUCAAUCCAGAACUAUCACAUGGAUACGAAAGGCUGGUGGGACAUCGGAUACAACUUCCUCGUGGGUGAGGAUGGCCUCGUGUACGAAGGGCGAGGCUGGGACGUAGAGGGAGCUCACGCCCGUGGUCAUAACUCUCAGUCACUAGGUAAGUGA